AUGGCCAUCCGGCAGAGCUUGGAAGAGGACCCCACGGGUCAGCCAGCUGCCCAGAGCCACCAGAAGUCGAUGGUGGCGGCCCCGCCGGGAGGCGCCCCCAGCCACAACCCGCCCUACCACAUCUACCCGUGGCAAAGAGAACUUGACCCGGUAGUGGCAGCAAUCAAGGAUGGAGAUGAAAAAGCAGUAUGUAACAUGAUGAAAUCAGGAAAAGACCUUUCUGAACCUAAUAAGGAUGGCUGGAUACCCCUCCAUGAAGCUGCGUAUUAUGGCCAAGUGGGUUGCCUGAGCCUGUUGCAAAAAGCAUACCCUGGCACAAUCGACCAGCGCACACUCAAUGAGGAGACGGCUCUUUACCUGGCCACCAGCCGGGGCAACUUGGACUGCCUGCUCACCCUGCUGCAGGCUGGGGCCGAGCCCGACAUCUCCAACAAGGCCAGAGAAACACCGCUCUACAAAGCCUGUGAGCGUAAGAAUGCAGAGGCCGCAAGACUCCUGGUACAGUACAAUGCUGAUACCAACCAUCGUUGCAAUCGAGGAUGGACUGCUCUCCAUGAGGCUGUCUCCCGAAAUGACCUGGAAAUUAUUGAUAUCCUUGUGAAAGGGGGUGCCAAGAUUGAGUCUGCAAACGCCUAUGGGAUCACUUCUUUAUUUGUGGCAGCUGAGAGUGGGCAGUUGGAAGCUUUGAGAUACCUGGCAAAAUGUGGUGCUGAUAUAAAUACUCAAGCCAGUGAUAACGCCUCUGCUCUUUAUGAAGCCUGUAAAAAUGGACACAUACCUAUUGUGGAGUUUCUUUUAUCCCAAGGUGCAGAUGCUAACAAAGCCAAUAAGGAUGGCCUGUUACCUCUUCAUAUAGCAGCCAAAAAAGGGAUUUGCGAGAUUGUCUCCAUGCUGAUCCCUGUGACCAGCCGCACCCGCGUCAAGCGCAGCGGCAUCAGCCCCCUGCACUUAGCGGCCGAACGCAACAAUGAUGACAUCUUGGAAGAGCUGAUCGAUGCUGGCUACGAUGUCAACACCGCCCUCUCCACUGAACGGUCCUGCCUUUAUGAGGACAGACGCACCACCCCCCUCUAUUUUGCUGUUUUUAACAACAACAUCUACGCCACGGAACUCCUGCUGCAAGCAGGAGCCAACCCCAAUGUUGACCUCAUCAACCCAUUACUCAUCUCCAUCCGCCACGGCUGCCUGAAGACCAUGAAACUGCUCCUUGACCAUGGAGCAAACAUUGAUGCCUAUAUAUCAAGCCAUCCCACCGCAUUUCCAGCUACCAUCAUGUUUUCAAUGAAGUACCUUUCCGUGCUGAAGUACGUCCUCGAUCUGGGCUGUGAUGCAGGUUCCUGUUUUGAGUGUCAGUAUGGAAAUGGCCCACACCCUGCAUUGAAUUACAGACGGGACGGACUUAAUGAUCCUCAGCUGUCCAAGGAGCCAACUGUAGUACAGUUUUGUGAAAUGGUGUCUACUCCAGAGAUGAGUCGCUGGGCUGGGCCGAUCAUCGAUGUUCUCCUGGAUUAUGUGGGUAACGUGCAGCUCUGUUCCCGGCUCAAGGAGCAUAUUGACAGCUAUGAGGACUGGGCUAUCAUUAAAGAAAAAGCAGAGCCCCCACGACCUCUUUCCCAUCUUUGCCGCAUCAAGGUACGAAGCCUGGUUGGAAGAAACCGCAUUAAACUUCUUGACACCUUGCCUCUCCCGCACAGACUGAUUCGAUACUUACAGCAUGAUUACACACAGUGACCCCAGGCACACACCGGACACGCAGCGGCUUCCCGGCAUGGCACGCAGAGUCAUCGACAUAGCGAGGGCACACAUCGUGCACAGUGGGGAGGAAUUGCUGCUGGCUUGGUCAAGCGCCUUCCAAUGACUAAUUAAGAGAAAUAUGCUUCUGAAGCAUGAGUGAGAAGAAAAUGGAGGAGACGGAGAGCUAAACAUAGGACUGUUGUUAGGUUUUCCAAGAGAAAACACGUAUGAUUCACCUCAGAGCUUGGGCUCCAAAGAACAAGAAAUGAAAGCCAACACUGAAAAAUGAAUAGUGCUGAAGCAAGUAUCAGUGAGGAAUUCAAAGGUAUCCUGGGGUUGUGGUGGAGCUUAGCGUCCUCGCUGUGAUCACAAUUCAGAAAUUGUUAAGAGUCAACAUAUUUGGGAAAACAAUUAUAUUUCCUUCACUGACUGAGAUUUUUAUUUUAGUUUCUAGUCUACUUUUUGGAUUUCUGCUAAGUGUGCUGGUUGCUAAUUUCUGAUAACUUGACACCAUCUUGCUAACA